AACUGGUGCUGGCUUCAGCACGAAUCCGGGAUCCUUUUCUUGGUUUUUGGAGUCAGGAGUCCAGUGAUCAGGAUACUCAGCCUCCUCCCGAGACCACCGACAACAUCCAAGAGCAACGCAGCCAUGGCUGAUGCAGACCUGGCAUUAAAGACAGAAAUGUCACUAUCAGAGCAGCGAGCGCUCAUGGACACGGAUCUACCCAUGUUAUUCGACACUUUAGAUAAGAUAUACCGGGUGACUGAUGUGAAGGUGUUAGGUGCUGCAUGCGACAUCCCAGUCCGGGUGUAUCAGCCGUCCGAGGAGGCCCCAUCACAAGUGCUGGUCUACUUCCAUGGCGGGGGCUUCACGAUGGGCAGCAUCAAAUCCCAUGACGCAGUCUGCCGCCGCCUGACCAGCACCUCACAGGCCCUGGUGGCAUCUGUGGAGUAUCGGCUGGCGCCAGAGGAUCCCUACCCGGCAGGACUGGACGACUGCUGCACCGCUGCACAGUGGGUGUAUGAGCAUGCACCUGAACUUGGGGUACGGCCGGGCAGAUUCAGUUUUGGAGUGGCAGGGGACAGCGCGGGCGCCAAUCUCGCGGCGUGCCUGGCGCUGCGCGCUCGAGAAACCUCCUUCCCUUGCCUAGACUACCAGAUCCUGAUCUGCCCGGUGCUCCGUCAUAUAUUUGAGCCGCUGACAGGCUCUCACCUGGACUUCAAGGAUGGUCCAGUUGUUACUGCCGAGUCAGGCCUUGCAUCCCUUUGCGCGUACCUGGGGGAUGUCGAUAAAUACAGCAGGGACCCUGCCAUAUUUCCCCUGGAGGCAGCGGACCUAUCGGGCCUGCCUCCUGCCCUCGUGAUAGUCUCUGACAGGGACAUUCUCCGGGAUGAUGGCGUGCUGUAUGCGGAGCGGCUGCAAGAAGCAGGGGUGGAUGCGCAGUUGCAGGAGUUUGAGACGGGGCAUGUCAUGAUGAUAUAUGCUCCAAAUGCCAACCCUGACAUGAGCCAGCGGUCAUAUCAAGCAAUUGCAGAUUUCAUGCAAGGGCACUGAAUAAUUCCAUCAGGUACUUGAAUGUAAAAUGUACGCCAACC